AUGCUAUACAAACGUCAGGUCUACCUUUUCAAUGCUAUACAAGUGUCUGUCUACCUUGAUGUGUUUUAUUGAUGCUGGUACCGUGACGUGGAUGGGUGACCUGUGUCAUUUUAAAUGAACACACUCCUGAUUUUACCUUAGAGUAUGCGCUAUAUCUACCUCUGGCUGACUCUUUUUUUUUCUCUCUGGAUUUCUGCAUUUCGUGUGUGUUACGUGUUUGAAUGAUUUUAAUGGAUUUUAGUCAGCCUUGGUUCUUUGGUAUGUUAUCAAGGGAGAGAACCAAUCAAAUUUUAGAACCAGAACAGAGUGGUGUGUUUCUAGUAAGGGAAAGCAGAACACAAGUUGGAGAUUUUGUGUUAUGUGUUAAAGAGGAGUUGAGAGUAAGCCAUUACAUCAUCAACAGAAUACAGCCUGGGGGCGUGACACGCUUCAAGAUCGGGGACAAGGAGUUUGCAGAUAUACCCAGUUUAUUAAACUUUUAUAAAACUCAUUAUCUGGACACGACGACCUUAAUAAGACCUGCACCACGAGCAAAGUUACAAUGUAAAUAUGAUUUCCAAGGACAGGACCCGGAAGAUCUCCCAUUUAGACGAGGUGACAUUCUAGAAGUGAUAUCAGAAGAUGAAGAGGAAUGGUGGACAGCUAGGAACGUAAAUGGUCAGAUGGGACAGAUUCCUGUCCGAUAUACACAGCCAUUAGAGCCAAACCAAAUACCAGCUAUAAAUAACCCAAGACCUCAAGAUGAUAUUCCACAACCACAACAAGGGAGACCCGCUCCAAUUAAUGAGUAUAGAACAGGUCUCCAGUUACAACAACCUACAACAACAACUACUGUCCCCAUCCAGGUUCAGCUUCCAGCUAAAGCCAUUGUUGUACUACAGAGGAUCCCAAGUGCUUAUGACAGGCGACAGUUGCAGUUGAAGAUAGGAGAUAUUGUCACCGUGUCCAAGAUGAACUUAAAUGGACAGUGGGAGGGCACCAUCAACGGCAAGGAAGGGAUUUUCCCAUUCACCCACGUCAGGUUUCUCACCCCAGAGGAACUCAGAAAUCUAAACACAUAAAUGGGCGCCAGGCUGCGGCUUGAGAUGGGUGUUAACUAGUUGUUUCUGUUGUGGAGCCAGUGUGGACUGGCACUGUGUAUGUUAUGUAGGGGGAUGUAGAAACUUUCUCUUCUGUCUUGUUGUAAAUUUUGUGUUCUCUGUUUUGUGGAGAGUUCAUUUCCUCUUUGGAUCCCUACAAGUUCAUAUCUGUGUGAUAAUUUAACUGUUUGAUUCAUGUUAUAGUUAUAAAUAUAGAAACCAUUUUUUUUUUUUUACUGCUUCUACUGUUUUACAAAAAACAAAAGGUCUUUUUAAGUUUCUAGUGAUUAUUGUAAAUAAAUAGAUUAUUUCUGUAUGCAAAUGUAUAUAUUUCUUUGUUAUAAUCUUAUGGUAGCAAGAUAAAUUAUCUUGAAUAUUUGCGAAGAGAAUAUAUUAUCUGUAUUACUGAGAGUAAUAACAAAAAAAUCUUCAGUAUUAUUUGGACAGAAAUAAAUCUUAAAAUGUCAAAGUUUGUCUUUUUUUUUUUUACAUUUUUAAGAAACCAAAAGAAAAAAAGCUAUACAUGAGAUAAGUUUCAUUUCAACUUCUGUUUUCCCCCUUCUUGAUAAACCGCCAUGUCCUGGUGCUUCCGACAGGAGAAGAACUCUUGAUAAGGAAACUAAUGUAGUGAAUGUAACUGUAGAAAUUCAAAGAACAAUGGCACUAGUCAAAUUGGUUUUGCUCCUAAAUUGUCUAGGGCUCUUUUUAAAUGCUAUAGUGCCUUAGAUUAUUGUGUAUGCAAGUACUUUAAUGAAUAGGAAUCUAAUAGAAACCAAUUCCAUUUUUACCUGCCACUACAUUGAACCUGUUUCUUUGGUAAUGAUUUGAAUUCUUUAUGAGACAUUUCCUAGUAAAACACAGUCUUUCAUUUUUAAAAAACCUAGAAGUACUCAGUUAACCCAAGUAAUAUGAUUUGUGUACAAAGCUCUGUAUGUGUGUACCUUAGUGAUACAUAUUUGAUGGAAGUGACAGCAUCAAAUGUUUGAUAUUAAUCACUGACCGACUUUAAACUGCCAGCAGUAGACUAAAGCAACACUCACGCAGCCAUAGCACUCAUAAAGUAAUUAUUAUUACUUUGAAGGAUAAGUUUAAGAGUAAUCUUACAUAAUUUUGUACAGUGAAAACCAAUGGAGAUCUAUCAGAAUGAUUUAUUUCAUGCAGCAUAGGUUUAUAAUUGAAAAGCUUUUAAGUUUUAUGUUGAAGUCAUUUGAAAGGAAAGUCAUCUUUCAAGUUUUCUUUCCUCAUGUAUUUUGAAAGCAGGAAUUCAUUUGAUAGAAUGGACAUGACAUGAAAAAUUUCAUUUUUUUUUUUUUUUAAAACUUUAUCAACUGAAACUAACUUUAAAAAUCUGGCAAUAGAAUGUUCUCUUUCUUUUAAGGUAAUAAAUGUUCUGUUCUUUCUGGAAAAGAAACAUAUUUGUGUAAUUAGAAUGUUGUUGUUAUAACUUGCGUAUCAGGGUCUGGAGAGAACCAACAAGAGAAGUAAUUAGUUGAUAAUGUACUUGACAUUGAAGGCUUGUUUUCUUUUGUGUGUGCAAAGACCACCAGCUGGCUAGCAAUACGUAGAUGUAUAAUAUUGCACAAUAAAUCUUAUAAACCAUUCUAAGUAUGUCCUGAAUGGAAGUUGUUAUUUAGUUAAAAUGAUGUGAUUGCACUGUCACUUGGGAGAGCCCAAUCAAUGGCCUAUUGCUUGUUCACGUACCAACAGUCUGUUUUUCUGCCUAUAAUGUGUUUUUGGCUUACUUGUAUUUAAUAAUGAUGACAUUUAUGUAAAAUGUGUGAGUUUGUUUCAUCUCCUACCUUGGUGUCAGAAUCAGUGUGGAAGAUGUGCCAUUACAGUUUGAGACUCUUUCAGAAUUAGUGUUGAAGAUAUGCCAUUACAGUUUGAGACUCUUUCAGAAUUAGUGUUGAAGAAAUGCCUUUACAGUUUGAGACACUUUCAGAAUUAGUGUUGAAGAUAUGCCAUUACAGUUUGAGACUCUUUCAGAAUUAGUGUUGAAGAUAUGCCUUUACAGUUUGAGACUCUUUCAGAAUUAGUGUUGAAGAAAUGCUGUUAUAGUUUGAGACUCUUUCAGAAUUAGUGUUAAAGAAAUGCCAUUACAGUUUGAGACUCUUUCAGAAUUAGUGUUGAAGAAAUGCCAUUACAGUUUGAGACUUUCAGAAUUAGUGUUGAAGAAAUGCCAUUACAGUUUGAGACUCUUUCAGAAUUAGUGUUGAAGAAAUGCCAUUACAGUUUGAGACUCUUUCAGAAUUAGUGUUGAAGAUAUGCCAUUACAGUUUGAGACUCUUUCAGAAUUAGUGUUGAAGAUAUGCCAUUACAGUUUGAGACUCUUUCAGAAUUAGUGUUGAAGAUAUGCCUUUACAGUUUGAGACUCUUUCAGAAUUAGUGUUGAAGAAAUGCUGUUACAGUUUGAGACUCUUUCAGAAUUAGUGUUAAAGAAAUGCCAUUAUAGUUUGAGACUCUUUCAGAAUUAGUGUUGAAGAAAUGCCAUUACAGUUUGAGACUUUCAGAAUUAGUGUUGAAGAAAUGCCAUUACAGUUUGAGACUCUUUCAGAAUUAGUGUUGAAGAAAUGCCAUUACAGUUUGAGACUCUUUCAGAAUUAGUGUUGAAGAUAUGCCAUUACAGUUUGAGACUCUUUCAGAAUUAGUGUGGAAGAUAUGCCAUUACAGUUUGAGGCUCUUUCAGAAUUAGUGUGGAAGAUAUGCCAUUAUAGUUUGAGACUCUUUCAGAAUUAGUGUGGAAGAUAUGCCAUUACAGUUUGAGGCUCUUUCAGAAUUAGUGUGGAAGAUAUGCCAUUAUAGUUUGAGACUCUUUCAGAAUUAGUGUUGAAGAAAUGCCAUUACAGUUUGAGACUCUUUCAGAAUUUGUUAUGGUCAUCUGUUAAACAGCAGUUUGAAUUUUUAAAAUAUAUUUUGUAUAACACAGCUUUCAUGCUCAGUGCUCUAGGGCCAAAUCUCUUUAGUGGACCUGUGUGUGUGUGUGUGGGUGGGGGGGGGGUACCUUUGAGAGGGUUUCCUUGCUGCCUUUAGGCGCUAAGCAAGCACAUUUCAGCUUAUGUUGGGAUUCGAACACAAGCUCCCUUGAUAGUUAGGCAAGUGAUUCAUACCACUUAACCACAUAUGCCACUAAUAAUGCAAUAGUAAUAAAAUGACAUAGUCUUUGAGUGCAAAGAUUAAGAGAGAGCAGAAUUUUUACAUAAUCCAAACGUGACCUACACAUUUUGCUACCUCCGUAGCAUACAAAGCCAUGGAUUGCUUGGGGUCUAGUUAUGUUCUCUUUUUGUUAAUUUCAUGUUGAAGAAAGUUAUUCAUGUUACUCUUGACUUGUGGAAGUGUGUUUACAUUAAGCUUGGGUUAUUCGGUUGCGCAGUGAUGUGCAAAUGAGGCUCUAAUAUUUUUUUCUGAUCUUUUUUUUUUUUUUUUUUUUUUUACCUUUUGUGUUGCAAGUUCAUUGUGUGGAGAGUGUGUAUGUGUUGUUGAUGUUUUGAUUCUAUAAAUACAUUUCUUGUUUUGUUUUUAAGUGGGGAAGUGAAACAGACAUGAAAAAUGUGUACCACUUUUUUUGAUGUUCACUAACCUAUAUAUUUUACCAUCAAAAUUGUAUACCACUGCUAUGAAUUGUUUGGAAAUAUGACUCUGUGGUUCCACUUACUUACUGGCUUAGGUCCUUCUGCACCAUUCGGCGCAUGGGGAGGCAAGCUCUCUCCACAGAGUACGGGUCGCAGGCUACUUCCACAGCCUCCAGUUGGUGCCAGUGGAUUUUAGCUUUUCUAAAAAGGUGCGACACAAUGCUAGGCGUGGACCACCUGGUUUUUUGCUUUUGUCUCCCAUUUUUGCCUAUGCUGUGGUUCGAAUUGACUUAAAAACAAAUGCCCUGUCCUGAUGGUAUACAUUUUGUUUUUUUUUUUUUGUGGUGGAGUGGAUUGUAAAUAAUAAUUAAACAAACUGGCUGGAAGAAGUUUGCAAAGAGAAAUGAACCUAAUUGUUUGUGAGCUGGUCAUUGUUUGCUCUGUUGUUGUUCCAGAGUACAGUCGUGCCUCACUAAGUGUUACACUGUGACAGAGACUUCAUGUGUCAGUGUUUUGAAAAAUCUUGGUGGGAAUUGUAACACCAUUCUAAGGGUAUGCAAGUGUAUUGACUACUUUGGUCUUUUAUAUUUCUUUAUAAAUUAUCUAUUAGUGUAUGUUGGUGUACAAUAAGAUGUUGUUGUUGUUUUUUAAAAAUCAAAUGGAUAUAAAUAUAUAUAUUUAGACUCGAGAAUUCAAAUGUGUAUAUAUCUCUUCUGUUUUAACUUUGUAGGUUUGUGUGCAUGUAUCUUUUUUUUUUUCGACUUUCGAAUGUACUUUCUACUCUCUUGUGUUAGAAGAUACAGAAAAGCUUAGAACAAAUGUAAUGGUCAAAAUCUUUGAAAUCUUUGAAGUUCUGUGCAACUCACUAUUCUUUCAAAUAGUUUUUUGUAUCAUGUUUACACACUAACAAUAACUACAAACUUCUUUUAUUUCAUUUGAUUGUUUCAAUAAACUUUUCAGUUCUUGCGUUUAGGUUGAACUAAGUUGAAACUUUUGAAAAGGCAAAAUAAAAGUAUAAAGUAAACAUAAAAAAUAUCUUGACUUUUCAUUAAGGAUAUUUUCCUAAGGUUUUAAUUAACAAUCACAUUUUUUACAUGUUAUUAGAUUUGUAUGUGACUUGCCUAAACCACUCUCUACCCUGCCCUUUAGUUGUUAUUUUAAUAUUUUUAAAAUGGAAAUGAAACUAACAUGUCCUUGACCUGUGUGUUGUUAAUGAAUGGUGCUGUCUCAAGUUGACUCAUGGUUGGACUUCAUCCCCUCUUUCAACUGCUGACUUGAGCAAGUUUCUCUCUACUUCUGAUCCUGUGCCUUUUUUUAUGUGUGGCACUGCUGACCUUUGUCCAAUGUGCUUAGCAUCAGCUUGUGAAUUCAUCUUCACAUUAUGUUGUAAUCAAGAGAGAAAAAAAAAUAUGAUUCAGAUCCCAGUGAAUCAAAUAUUUUCUUAGAUUAAUUUCAAAUUGUGUCAAACUCCAAUGAGAUUGAAACAAAUAUAAGAAGAAUUGCUGUAGCUGUAAUUUAAUGUGUAAAUCUUUCAUUGAACUUUUGUAUCAGCCAAGCUGCAUUUGUCAAAGCAAACAUGUACUUACUAAACAAUGUUACUUAAGUGUGUGAAAACAACCCCUAGCCUAUAUAGCUCAGUCAGAGCUGAAGUUGCAUUUUGAUACAGCAAAGAUUUGACUCAAGUUUCUCUUUCAGUGUUUGUGAGUCAUACAGCUCAUGUCAGUCGUUGCCUAUUUCCAAGAAUGAUAAUAAUCAGUUGAAUAAAACUAUUGCUUAACUAUUGAAGGCAUGAGAUGAAAACUCAUUCUGCUCUCAGAAAGCAAAACAUUCUCAUUUAGAUUUGGUUUUACUGGGGAUCUUUUCAGUAGAAAAAUAUUAGAUUGGUCUACACAUUUAACUUGUUCAAUGCAAUAAGAAUGUGAUCAGCAACUAUGUUUAGUUUAGUUUUCAAACUUGAUUUGUUGGCAAAAGUUUCUUGAUACCUGGAGAAGAUGAAAUGUUCAAAUUUGAUGGCUUUUGUUUUUUCAUUGAUGUGUAAGAACUAGAUCGAUGCUUGUGUUAAUGUCUCUGUAUAAAAUAUUACCUAGGGAUGUUCUAUGUUUUGUUUCCUAAUUUUUCUGUGACUGUGAGCAGACAGGAACCUAGAACUGGAUUGACUUUUACAAGAAUUCUAUGACUGUCUGAGCAGACGUGAACCUUGAACUGGAUUGACUUUUACAAGAAUUCUAUGACUGUCUGAGCAGACGUGAAUCUAGAACUGAAUUGACUUUUACAAGAAUUCUAUGACUGUCUGAGCAGACGUGAACCUAGAACUGAAUUGACUUUUACAAGAAUUUUGUGACUGAGCAGACAUGAACCUAGAACAUUUUCAUGAACAUUGUGCUCAUUUUAUGUUGAGACAUUUGGAGAAAUUGAUUGAAUUUUUUAUUCUAGUUUGUAAAUAGUGACUUUUUUUUUUCUGGUGUCUGUCUUUUUUUUUUUAAAUGCAUAUUUUUUAAGAUACAAAACAAAUUUAUAUUUAAUUCUUUUUAUAAGGAUGCCCUUCUUUCUACUAAUGUCUCUGUAAUUAAAAUUAUGAAUUUGUUUUGUUUAAACUGUUAAAAUUGUGUCUUUUGUUUUUUUUUAACUUGAAACCAUUACUUUUAUACUCAGAAUAGCUAAUUGUUUGAAGUACAAACAUGGAAAAUUUAAUUAAUGUUGUUUUUUUUGGGGUGUCUUGUCUUUAGAAGGCUUACAUUAAAUCUGAUUUUUUUUAAAUGUACAAAAUAUGAAUCAUUAAAGUUAAUCAUGGGAAAUUAUUUAAUGAGUGCUGUGGAUUAUAUUUUUAGCUUCAAACAUGUCUUCAGUUUGAUUAUCUUAACAGGUUAAAAUGCCACAGCAUUCAAUUAUUAUAGUUAAGUCUAUCAAAAACUCGUCAAAAUAUAUCUCAGCAACUUCAACCAAUGGGAAUGUUGUUUUUUUUAAAGGAGUUCGUAAGUUGUCCUAUGGUAUCUUAUAAAUAAGAUUGUAAUUUGUGUACAAAUAUUUCUGGAUGGGGGCUGCUGUUAUUUCACUCUUGUGUGUUGUGAUGUUCAAACUAAAUUAUUCAUAGGUCAUGGCUCUGUCACAGUGACAGAACCAUUGCUGGCUUCUUCAUCAUCGGCCUAAUAAUGGCAUGCAUAACUUUUCUUUUUUUUUAACAGGAGAGAUUCCAUGCAAGAAUUGAUUUAAUUACAAUUGGUUAGUUGUGUAUCAUACUAGAAUUGUUGACUAUUUCUACACAUAUAUAUAUCUAUCUUUGUUUCAUUCUUGGAGCAUUAGUUUUAACUGACCAAAUGACUCUUGUUCAUUUAGAGGAAUUAUUGAACUAAGUUGUCUGUUCUUUGUUAAUGUAUUCUUUCUAUAUUUCAGUCAAGAAUAAAAAAAAAAACAUGUUAAA